ACCGAUGCUCUCUCGCUCCAUCACCGUCGCUCCUCGCUCUUCAACAUUGCUACUCUCCUUGCUUUUCCCUCGCUCCUCGCACUUGUUCGCGUUGAUUCUUUCUGUUUUUGCUUUUUUCUGUUCGAGAUUCUGGUUCAUGCCGCUGGAUCUGUUUGAUUCUGUCUCUGCUUGCUUUGCACUCGGAUUCUAGCAUGUCCAGCAUGUUAGCUAAUGCUUUCCAAAUAAUUUUCAUGGGGGAUAUCUCAGCUUUAAUCACAAGCUUCCAAGGGCUGAUAGUUUUCAUUGAACUCUGAUUAUCAGUUACAUAUCAGGACUAAAAGAAAGAAGUGAUUCUUGUGCAUAUAAUCAGUAAAAGUUUUCCUACAGGUGUUUCUUUGAAUCUGAUAAGAAGAACUUAUACUAUCUGCAAUUCUGCAUCCCUUAUUUUCUUCUACAUGUAUGAAAGAUAAUGAUCAAUUUGGUAGUAGUUGGGCAUCCCUAUGAUCUAGUGCAGUGAAGAAUCAGGACUAUUGCUUUGUUCAUAGAUCAUCAAAAUGAAAAAGUUGUAUGGAGGAGUUCUGGUUGCCUCACUGUUUAUGUUGUUUAUGCUUAUGAUCCUGCGAUAUGGGGUCAUGAAAAAUCCUAUUGUUGAAGGUUAUCUGACUAUACCUGCUGCUGUUGUUAAUGGUACUAAUCCUCUUAAGUGGAUAAAUCCCACAGUUCCGCCUGCUAUUCAAAAUCCAGAUGAUCGUUCUCAAGUUAUUUCUUCUGAUAUUUUAGUAUCUAGCCUAUUUGCUGGGAACAACUUUUCCAAAGAAGAGCAACAAGCUCUGCAGACAUGGAAACAAUUGAACCACUUAAUUGAUCAUACUCAGGGUUUACCCAAUGCGGCAGAAGCUAUCAAGGAGGCUGCCAGUGCAUGGAAUAGCCUUAUUUCCUCAAUUGAAGAGCAAAAACAAGGUCAUGCAAAUGAUAGUUCAAGAACUAAAGAGAAGCAGUGUCCCCAUUUUCUUAAUAAAAUGAAUUCCACUGAACUUGGUAAUAGUAGUUACAAAAUGCAAGUACCAUGUGGCCUGACACAAGGUUCUUCCAUCUCUAUAAUUGGAAUUCCAAAUGGUCUUCUAGGUAAUUUUCGAAUUGACUUGACUGGAGAACCACUUCCUGGGGAGCCUGAUCCUCCAAUUAUUUUACACUAUAAUGUUCGCCUUCAUGGGGAUAAAAUCACUGAAGAUCCCGUAAUUGUCCAAAACACCUGGACUAUAGCUCAUGAUUGGGGUGAAGAGGAUCGUUGUCCAUCCCCUACUCCUGAAAAGGUUGAGAAAGUUGAUGAUUUGGAGCAGUGUAAUAAGAUUGUGGGAAAGAACAUUAGCCACUCGGCCGGCAUGCAUUCCCACAGUUCAAGGCAAUCUUCAACAGCUGAAGAACAAUCAAUAAAUAGGAAAUAUUUUCCUUUUAAGCAAGGUUACCCAUUUGUAGCAACUCUUAGAGUGGGAUCUGAGGGAAUCCAGAUGACAGUUGAUGGAAAGCACAUAACUUCAUUCGCUUUCCGUGAAACUUUGGAGCCAUGGCUUGUCAGUGAAAUAAAAAUCUCAGGGGACCUCAAAUUAAUAUCUAUUCUUGCCAGUGGUCUGCCCACAUCAGAGGAUUCAGAUCAUAUUAUUGAUCUAGAAUCAUUGAAAUCAAGUCCUAUAUCUGAACAGAGCCCAUUGGAUCUCUUUAUCGGUGUUUUCUCUACUGCCAACAAUUUUAAGCGUCGGAUGGCUGUUAGAAGAACCUGGAUGCAGUAUAAUGCAGUUCGAUCAAAUAAAACAGCUGUGCGCUUCUUUGUUGGUUUGCAUAAAAGCCCUAUAGUUAAUGAAGAGUUGUGGAGAGAAGCACAAACUUAUGGAGACGUGCAGCUAAUGCCAUUUGUUGAUUACUACAGCCUCAUCACUUGGAAAACUUUAGCAAUCUGCAUUUUUGGGACACAAGUUUCAGCUAAGUUUGUCAUGAAGACAGAUGAUGAUGCAUUUGUCCGGGUAGAUGAAGUGCUACAUUCUUUGCAUAAGAUCAAUGUCGAUCAUGGGUUACUAUUUGGACUCAUCAACUCAGAUUCCCGACCUCACCGUAGUACAGAUAGCAAAUGGUACAUCAGCCCAGAGGAAUGGAGCGAGGGAACUUAUCCUCCUUGGGCACAUGGUCCCGGCUAUGUGGUCUCACAAGAUAUAGCAAGGACGUUGUCCAAGAAAUUCAGAGAGAACCAUUUGAAGAUGUUUAAAUUAGAAGACGUUGCAAUGGGAAUCUGGAUCGCAGACAUGAAGAAGGAAGGUCUAGAAGUUCGGUAUUCAAAUGAGCCGAGAGUGAAUGUUGAGGGUUGUAAGGAUGGUUAUGUGGUUGCUCAUUACCAAGGCCCCAGGGAGAUGCUCUGUUUGUGGCAGAAACUUGAGGAAGGAAAAGGUGCAAAAUGCUGUGGUGAUAGGAAAUGAUUACUCAUUGACCAGGUUACAACUUCUGAAAAAAUCCCCCUUUUGUAUGGUUGGGGAGCUUGUAUAAUGACUAGAAUAGUUAGCUUAGUCAGAAAUUAUUAGAGUAGUUAAUAGUGGAGCAUAUUCGUUUUUAAGUAAAUCUGAUGAUUUGUUCUGCCUAGAGAGGGUGUGUGAGAGAUUUGUAUAGAGCCGCCAAUCAGAAUUAGGUUAUCAGAUUUUAUGUCACCUGAUCAAUUUUUUGAUUCAGAACGCAUCAUUAUAGAAAGACCUCAAAUUUUUUUAUUUUUA